CUUGCGGUGGUCCGAACAGCGAGGCUCAUGGCGGCUUCGAAUUUAUUUUCUACCGAUUUUCCUCUCUAUGCUCUCCUUGCCGGCCCCAACGGACGUCUAUUUGCAGCUGGAGGAGGUGGGCAAGCACGUACUGGAGUCCCUAACGUAUUGGAAAUCUACAACGUCGAAGAGUCCGGAAAAAAACUGAAAUGCAUUCGAGUCGAUCGCAUCGACGUCGGACAGCAUGCGGUGAUGAAUGCGGCCGUCGAUGACAAUCAGACGUAUGUAGCAAUCGGUAUGGACAGCACGUGCCGUCUGACGGCCAUCCGGGCGGCCAAAUUGUCGUCGAAAAAAUCGACCGGCUCGCCUGCACGACGCCGCCGCCGCACUGAGGAGUCGCGGUCGCACGCGGACGGGCUGACGUUGGAGACGGUCGUAGAGAGGCAGACGGAUUUCUCGGAUCAGGGAGCGUUUCAGAAGUGCGUGCGAUUCAGUCGGAGCGGGAAUGCGUUGGCGACGGGCGGUGUGGAUUCGUGUAUUCGAAUUUGGACGUGUCCUGACAUGAAGCUUAGCCACACCUUACAAGGACAUCUUGAUGAAAUAGACGAUCUAGACUUCAGUUCAACAUCUAACCAUUUAGUGUCAGUUUCUCGUGACCAGUCGGCAAGAGCUUGGAACUUAAGCUCAGGCAAGCAAGAACAUGUGCUUGCCAAAGACAAGGCCGUGGGUACCAAGCCGUACAGAUUUCGUGCAUGCAGAUAUGGCCGAGGCAAGAGCAAACAGCACUUUUACACGGCACUAAUUCCCGUACGUCCAAAUGGCAAAGAUUCAUCGUGUAUUGCAAUGUGGAAUGGGAAAACAUUUGACUUUGUUAGAAGUUCAAAGGUUGGACAUGAUCCAAUUACAAAACUAGAGGCGAGCUCGGGUGGUGCAUAUGUGGCCAUUGGAACAAGUGAGGGAUCAAUUUCUGUGUACAAUGCGGAAAAUCUGCAGAGCAACAGUAGCUGUCCGUAAAGAGCCCAGCUGUCUCUACCACGACUUUCUCAAUGUUUUCAUCUUUGUCCACUUGAAUGACUGGACACCUCGAGCUGACAUCAUUCGAGCGGGUCAACUGGAAUAGAAGAAGAACUGUAUCAAUUCAGAAGUGUUGAAGACCACACGUCAACACUCUAAUAGAUGGAACUGUUCGUGGUCAAGAUACUUUGAAUUGUGCAUCAACAAUAUUGCUUACGCUUUGGGUAGGAGUGAAGGGGGAUUCAGAAAAGUGUGCACUGUGUACACUCAUGAAAUUGUUGAUAAUUUUGAACAACCCCUUAGGAAGUUGGUAAUCUCAUGACAAUACAUAGUUAUGAACUUACUUGUGCCAGUAUAGACCCAGGGUUUGAGUAAACCCCCAUCUCCUACUUUGACCAUUAUUAUAAGAUUUUUACAUCUUAGAGCCUUGUAAUUGGUGGUAAUUGGCGGUCUUUUGUAUGGUUAUUGUGCAAUUUGCUCUUGCACGUACCUUUACUUCAUUAUUCUGUAACCUUGAUGGGCGACAGCUGAUGCCAAAGAGAAUCUGCUCUUUUUCGUAGAAGAAAAUGUCCAUAGUGGGACUGACAUCCUCACAACGACUUCAUUGUGUUUAAGGCUGCAAACGGGUAUGGCAUUUGACAGAAAAUGCGUUUGUGAUUGGGACACAAAGUUA